AAUUUCCCUCUGGUUUUAUAAGAUAAGCAAGAGGCCCAACGAGCAGCGGUUUUAGCACUGGGCCACCGUUUUUGACUCUGUUUUGCGGUAUGUCAUCUUACAAGCCCUUUUAAUCUCAAUGGCCCCCUUGUCCAGAAAAAAAAAGUCCGUCAUCGUUCUCGCUGCUCUGUCCAGACACGGUACUGUAAGUUGCAAGGGUGGGGAGUACACAUCCGCAGAGACGCCACGAAAAAAAAAACACCAAAGAAGCGAGCCAAUUCCCUCUUCUCCUCCCCUUCUACCCGUUCCCGUUCCCGUCCAUUCGAAAGAGAGAAACAAAUUGAGGGGAAGAAGACAACAAACACCCCCCGAAGCCGAGAGAGAGAAAAAAGAGACGAAUGACCUACUGACCCCAUUCUCUCCAGGCCCAGACAGGCAAAACGGUCCCUCCCCUGCCUGUUCACGUGUGACUCGGAAUGGCCCGCUUCAAACGAGAAAAAGACACCUCCCUCCUUUCCACUAGCAGUACGACGGCGUGGACACACAUUGCGGCGGUCCAAAUUUACCCCAACAUCGCAAGAACCCUUUCCCCCCGGGCCUGCUUCGGCGUCUGGAACCGAGACCGAUAUUAGAAGAGACCAAGUGACGAUGAGAAUUACAUACAAGGGGCCGAAAAAAAAAAGAGGGGAGAGAGAGAAGGGCGGCAAGCCAGCCGAAAAGACGGCGUCACGUCAGACAUUUCGCUUCGUUUUAUUUCUAUUCUAAACGAACAGCGAGAGAGAAAAACGUUGCGUUUGUCUGUUUUCCGCUUGGCGUCCUUUCUUCUUCUCUCUUUUUUAAGGGCCAGGGGACGAUGACGAAAUUGAAGACAAAAAACAAAGGCGAGCUAAGGAAGGGGGCGAGCGAAGCGGGCGCAUCAAGAUCGAUAAAGUGAGUCCUUUUUUUUCUUCUUUUUCC